CUGUUUUCCUGCCAAACCUGAUGGAGUGGCUAAAGUUAGCCCUCCAUGGGCUAGUAUAUAAGACCCCAUGGGUGCGAUGCAUACAUGUCAGUCACAUCGGCUUUGGCGUAGGCUUCUCUUCUUGACCACCAACAACCCCAAAACUUGAAAGAUGGCACCCAAGAAGGCCAAGAGGAGGCAGCAGCAGGGAGAGGGUGGAUCCUCCAAUGUGUUCUCCAUGUUCGAGCAGAGCCAGAUCCAGGAGUACAAGGAGGCUUUCACAAUCAUUGACCAGAACAGAGAUGGCAUCAUCAGCAAGGACGACUUGAGGGACGUGCUGGCCACCAUGGGCCAACUGAAUGUGAAGAAUGAGGAGCUGGAGGCCAUGGUGAAGGAGGCCAGCGGCCCCAUUAACUUUACCGUCUUCCUGACCAUGUUCGGCGAGAAGCUGAAGGGUGCUGAUCCUGAGGACGUUAUUGUGAGCGCUUUCAAGGUCCUGGACCCAGAGGGCACUGGCGCCAUCAAGAAGGAAUUCCUUGAGGAGCUCCUGACUACCCAGUGCGACAGGUUCACCGCUGAGGAGAUGACCAACCUGUGGGCUGCUUUCCCUCCUGAUGUGGCUGGCAAUGUGGACUACAAGAACAUCUGCUACGUCAUCACACACGGAGAAGAAAAGGAAGAGUAAAUCCCCCUCUCUCAAGCUCUCUACCUCUGUUCAAACCAGUACUCGCCCCCCACCAUCACGAUCUACUUACUCCCUCUUCUCCAACGCCGCAACAUCCUUGCACACAUUCGCCCUCCUGGCCCUCUCUUUGGCUACAAAAAGACUUGUCUCCUUUCUAGAGAUCCUCAGUGAGGGGACUGUGGGAGGUGUCUGUGUGUGAGCAGUACCACCACAGGAAACAUGGGAUUAUUUUCAAUAAAAAUAAUCUUGUGCUAGUGAAACAUUCUGUCCAUCUCUGUCCCUGCCUCUUCUUCCCUCUUCUUUUCCCCCAUCAAUCAUUCUGUCCUGUGUUGAGGCCAACAGUGCGUGCAUCAUACCUACAUACAACGUGUCAGUACAGUAUGUCAAAUUCUUGGGUGCUAUGGUGCAAGCACAGGCGCUUGCUUGAAACAAGUAAGCAGUCUGACCCGCGUGGUUUGUUAGUCCCAACCUGAGGGAAUGUUUAACGGAUUUGUUCCUUUGUUUGUAUUAGGAAGGAGUGCAUAGCAAAAGAGUUGGAGUACUAUACUAUAAUAGUUUGCCUCCUUCUCUUUUCAAUCUAUCUCCCUCUCUUUACACAGGUGCAAAACGGAAAGGUUGCAGUGAAAAAUAGGAACACUUGAUUUUAGUUUACCCUUAAAUCUUGUUAAUAGAGAAAGAGAUGGUGAGAGAUGGUGAAUGGGAGGCAAAGAUGAAAUAAACAAAAGUGAAACAUCUUUGUUAUAUGACUGUUCUUCCUCCUUCUCGCCACUGUUUCUCUCUGGUGUUUGUGACUGUGCCUGUAACUAAUAAAGAAGUACAAAUAAAAUCCA